GCCCCGGCGGAAGUCCGCAUUUAACCUCUGACCUCGCGGCAUCACUUCCUCUUUCUUUUCUGGGGGGCCGUUGGAGCUGCUGAAAGGUGUCCGCCAUGCCAUCCCAUAAAACUUUCAGGAUCAAGCGUGUCCUCGCCAAGAAGAUGAAGCAAAACCGACCAAUUCCACAGUGGAUCCGCAUGAAAACUGGCAACAAGAUCAGGUACAACUCCAAAAGGAGACACUGGAGAAGAACUAAAUUGGGCCUAUAAAGGAACUCACCGCUGGCGUACAACUAUCUUCCCCGAUUGCUUUUUCAUACAGAGUCGUGGAAGUAUGGAUUUGAGCAAAGGUUGACCACAAAUGGCAAUUUUUUCCCUGUCUCCUGUUUUCUAUUGUGGAAAAUAAAUAAUGAGAUUGC